GCAGAUGCCGACAGAUGUGCCCGAAGACAGGCUCAACAACGAGGAGAAGGCGACCACGUGUGACAGUAUGACUCUGUCCAGCACCCCGACUCUUCGCAGAGGAAGCACUCCUCUGCCAAUUAAGCACCAGCUCAGACGAGAAGAAGCUGUCCACGAUGACUGUGACUGGACAUCAGGGGCAGCCGGGCCUUCUGCCUCACCGAUCAGCUUCAGCCCCGCCCUGGAUGACACUCUGACCAUGGCGGUGGAGGGCAGACCUGACGGGCCUUUAAGGAUCGCCCUGCUGGGGCAGAACGGCGUGGGGAAGUCUUCCCUGGCCAUCGCUCUCGCCGGGGACAUGGACAGGACUGCGUCUGUGGAUUCUGAUGGGGAGGGUUAUGUGCGCACAGUCACAGUGGAUGAUGAGGAGAGCACCAUCAUUAUCUAUGACAACUGGAGACAGGACCUGUCGGCUCUGCAGUGUGAGGUGUGUGUCCUGGUGUUUUCGGUGACUGACAGGCGUAGUUUCCACCGCACUGCUCAACUCCGACUCCUCCUGAGAGAGACUCAGCCCCAAACUCCCAUCAUCCUCGUUGGUAAUAAGAGUGACCUCGUUCGCACACGUGAGGUCUCCUCUCAAGAGGCCAUGUCCAGCGCCGCCCUCUUCAACUGUCUGUACCUGGAGAUCUCCGCCUCUCUGGAUCACCGCACCCCGGAGCUGCUGGAGUGCGCGGUGCGGCUAGCCAGGGGCCAGCCCCCGUGGCCCCCGGGGACCAAUGCGGAGGACCUGAGCGGAGGAGGUCAGCGUGAGAGCAUCACCUCCCGUGCCAAACGUUUCCUGUCCAGCCUGGUGCCCCGCUACCCGAGAGAGCGGGAGGUGGGCAAGUUCCUGAGGCAGAAAUCCCGCUCGUGUCACGACCUGGGGGCGCUGUGAUGGGGAUGGUUGGAUCGGUGACAGACGUAGCAGGAAGUGGAAGUGAUGUAGUAAACCGACAAAGAGAGGGAGAGGAGGCGAUACAGCAAUUAGUGAACGGGAGAGGAGGAAGCGAGUGUGACGGCAGGACGGUGUUUGUGUAUCCAGGGAGAAUGACAGCGAUGUUAGUGAUGAUGUUUAUAUGUAGGAUGACUCAGAGCGUUUUGUACACAAGACCAAACCGCAAAGAAGAGAAGAAGAUCUAAAACUGUU